AUGGUGCCUCCCAAGAAACUGCAGAGUGAUAUCGGGAACAACGGCAACAAGAACAACAUGCCUUACAACAAGCGGGACUCCGCUAUGGGCAAAGCCGAAGGAAAGGGCCAGAAUGGCGCCCGAUCUGGAUUCCGGACAGACACUGCCAUUUCCAACAACCGGCCGGGCAGCGAGCGAACCCUUCAGCCGUGGGUCCCCGAUUCUAGCGACGGCAUCGACGGUAGUCUCGAGAAGUCGUCCGGCGGUGGAGCCUGGGAUCAGUUCGCCGAGAACGAGCGGCUUUUCGGCCUGAAGACCGACUACGACGAAAAUAUCUACACCACCACCAUUGAUAAGAGUCAUCCACAGUAUAGGGAGCGCAUGGCGGCCGCAGACCGCAAGGCACGAGAAAUCGAGCGAAGCUUGGCCACCACUGCCCACGUCGCUGAAGAGCGUGUGAUGGACUUCGUUGCUGGUGGAAAUGACCAGGGUGGUGACGAGGAAGACAAGUACAGUGGUGUCCGCCGCCAGGAUUUCCCGCCUCUUGGAAGCCGGGAUAACAAGUACACCCCUCCCGCCAAGAGGGCUCCUUCUUCUCAAACCACAGUGGUUGGCGCCCCUGUCGACCCCGCGAUUAUCUCGUCGCAGCUAAGAGCGCCCGCGAAGAAGCAGACCACGGUAAAGCCGGAGGAUGCAAAGCUCCUCAACCAAUUGGCGAACAAGAGCGGCGCUACGCAGAACGCGGACGCUCCGAAGCCUGCCGACCCGAAGGCCGCCGCGAAGCCGGCUCCGAAGCAAGAAUCGGCCAAACAGCCCGAAGCCAAGCCUGCAGAGACCAAGGCUGCUGUUGCGAAUGCUACGAAGACCAACGAUGCCAAGACAGCCGACAAGUCCGCCGCCGCCGCCGCCACCGGUCGCCCCUCCGCAGCUACGAGUCGCACAAUCUCUCCUCAAGUCAAGGAAGGUGUUCCAAGCGCAGCAUCUACUGUGGAGCGUGAUGUUCUCAACUCUUUCAAGACUUUUGCCAUCCAACAGAGGCAAAACGCUGAGAAAGUUCGGAGCACCAAGGCCAAGGCUGACAAGGAGGUCAAGUUGACAGAGUUGAAGAAGUUUGCCGACAGCUUCAAAUUGUCCACCCCCGUUCCGACCGACUUGAUUGGUAUCAUUGCCAAGGACCCUAGCAAGCAGAAGGAGAUCCAGGCAAAGGCGCUCCAGAACGCCGAAGAGGUUGCUCGCCAGAAGGCGGAUGCUGCUACAAAGUCUAAAGACACACCUUCAAAGGAGGCAUCCAAACCUGUCGACACCCCUGCGGCCCAGUCUGUUUCUGCAGAGACAAGAAGCACGUCCCGCCCAACUCCCACGCAAAGCACGAUUUCUCCUUCCAACGCCCAGAACCGUCAUCCCAACGCUCGCCAGUCUUACGCCUCUCCUCAGUACCAGACGUACAGGAACGAUAGGCCCGGAAUGGCUCAAAAUCGCCAGCCUUUGGCCCAGCGCCUGCGCAAUGUCGAGCAGCAGAAGCUGUCGCAACCCCCAGCCCAUCAACAAGCCGGUGGCCAGGAUAUGCGCCUUCCGCCCACUGGCCCUGCGAACAACAACGACGCUGGAUUUCCUCGCCGUAUCAGUGGCGUCCCGAGCCACAUGGGUGGAAAGCUAAAUCCCAACAGCCAUGAGUUCAGACCCAGCCCCUUCGCGGCGUCUUUUAAUCCCAAUGGUCACCCCAGUGCAGGAUCUAGCCCGCGCUCUUCCGCUGCCAACAACGUGGCUGCCCCUGAGGCGGCAACUGCAGCGAAUCCGUCUCCUGUUGGUCAGCUGAUUCGCCGUAAGACCAAGGCAGUCGACGUAAAGAAGUGCUAUAUUCUCGCCCAUGUCAAGACGUUCCAACCUAUCCCCGGACGCAACUGGGAUGAAAACGAGGGCUUGAGACCGUCGUAUGACACCCCGCCUACCUGGAGGUCGGCCUCGGAUAACGAGAAGGAAGAUUCCACGAUGCUCCUCACUUCCAAGGAGUUCCUCGAGCGCCAGUCUUUCGCAUCCUCGUCAAUGGCAACCCCGAAUAACACUCAUGUCGUUCCUAACGCCCACCAACACCAGCUUCCGUUCCAUCUGCAGCAGCCUGCACAUGGCAUGGGCCCGCGUCAAUCGCCUCACAUGCCGCCUAUGCCAAUGCAGAAUCAACAUGGAGGACAUGGACCUCACGGGCCUUAUCCAACCAUGGACGAUCAUCGCAUGAUGCAUUCCAACUCAGCGCAGUCCUUUGCCUCGCCUCGAAUGGCCCAGGUACCUAUCACCUACACACCAGCAAUGGGCUCCGCUGGCCAAGUUCCGUACAACCAGCCGAUGAUGCAGCCUUUCGUUGGACCCGGUACGCCUAACAUGGGCGGGUUCCGAAACUUCUCAAGCAAUCAUCAGUACAUGCCUCAGCAGCCCGGCGGGCCCAUGGGGGGUCACAUGAUGCCUCAGUUCAUCAACCCCCAGGGUAUGGUACCUGCGCCUCAGAUGCCGAUGUAUGCCGGAGGCCAUGCUCAGUUCAUGCCUCCGAACGCAGCGCCGCCGCAGGGCAUGCCGGGAUCCAACGGCUAUCCGAGCCCCGGCCGGCCAGUCGCACCCAUGAUGGCGCACCAAGGUUCGCAGCAGGGUCAACCGGUGUACGGCAUGAGUCCGAACGUGCAGUACCAGCAACCGGCUUUCACCCCGCAGCAGCCCGGCGGUCAGGUGGGCAGGGGCUACAACAACCAUGGUCCCCAACACUUCGGAACGAGUCCCUCUCAGAUGCAUUCAUAUGGGGCACAACAUCGAAGUGGAAGUAACAACUACGGAGCCAAGUCUUACAACAGCCACGGACAGCACCAGGGGCCACAGCAAGGCCCCGCGGUUCAAGCCGGCGGUCCUGGGCGCGGCCCUGACGGCGCUGAAGAGGCCAAAUGA